UCAAAUUUGGGAUGAAGAUUCCAAAUUUGAGAGCUAAAAGAGAUAAAAUUGGGUCCGCAUAAACAAAAUUCGUUUGGCUGAGCUGCUCCCCGUCGUUCGACGGCCAGAAAACAUGAAUUCCACCGUUUCCCUACUUCGCCCUUGCCUGCUCCCGCCACGCCACCACCGUUAUCUGCAUCUCGCUGCAGCAUCUCCGGACGGCUUUCCUCCGCCGCUGCUUUCGACUUUUCCUUCCAAGCAAUUUCGCUCCCAGCCUCCCGGUCCAAAGUUUCGCGCUCCGGUUCCACUCCACCGAACUGCUACCCUGGAGGCCGUUGAAACUGCUAAUAGUGUUUCGGACUUCGUGGAAGUUGGGUAUCUAUCCAGCGUCCACGGACUUCAUGGAGAGAUUUGUGUAGAGCCCACCACGGAUUUCCCUGAACUCCGAUUUUCUGAGCCCGGGAGAAGAUGGUUGAAGCAAUCUGUUAACGGUAAAGAAGUGAUUCAAGAAGUUGAGCUGCUUGAAGGGAGAGAAAACCCUGGGAAGAGGAGUUGGGUGCUUAGACUUGGAGGAUUUGAGACAGUUGAUGAGGCUAGGCAACUCAUUGGAUCGGCUUUGCUAGUCAGAGAAGAUGAUAGACCUGAGCUGGAGGAAGGGGAGUUUUAUACUCGUGACCUGGUUGGGAUGAGAGUAAUUCUCAAGGAUACAUCUAAAUGUGUGGGAACUGUUGUUGACGUUUUCAACAGUGGGGCAUGUGACCUUUUAAGAGUCAUGCUUUACUCAGCAACAGAUGCAAUUGAUGGAACUAAAACUCCGGUGAUUGAAGAAACUGGUGUCUCUGGCCCUCUUGUGUGGGUGCCAUUUGUUGAAGCAAUUGUUCCAGAUGUCGACAUGCACAAAAGAGAAAUAUGGAUCACACCCCCAAAAGGACUUCUCGAGUUGAAUGUACGCUCGGAUGUGAGGUCUAAGAAGGAAAGGCGCCAGCUUGAAUGGAAAGAAAGAAAAAGGCUCCAGCGACAGCUUAUAGCUGCGAAAAAAAAGUUAAUUGACCUAGAGCAAAAACAUGUAUUUGAUGGACUCAGAUAUGGAGAAAAGUCACAGAGGGGCUUUUUGGCAGAUGAAAUUGUUGCAGUAAAUUCCAAUCUCCUUCAGCAUGCGCUAAAGGAUGUUGGGAUGUCAUCUAACAGGUUGAGUACAACUGAAUUAGUAGGUGCAACAAGAGCCAAGAUAAAGAAUGGUUCUUUUAAGAUUUCCAAGGCUAAGCUUAGUACCAGCAUCAGUGUAAAUGAUUUGGGAGCCAAUUUGCGUUUUCAUGAAAAUGGAUGCCAUCUCUUGUCUGAAGGAAAAAUCGGAAUUGUCUUGGUUUUGAACCAUCAACUUGUUGACUCAAAAAGCAGUGCGACUGAAAAUCCACUGUAUACAUCACUUACCAAAACACUUUCCGAUGGCCAGAUAUUUGUAAAGAUGGAAGACCGUGGAUCUGUCCCUUUGGUUUUGGUUUGUCCAGAGCAAGAGAUCCAGUCUCUGAAAGUACUAUUUUCAAGCAACGACUCUUUUGGAUUCGACUGCAAUAAGGUUUGGUUUCUGGAGGAGGAGAAACUUCCUGUUGUUACUAGUACUGCAGACGAAAACAGCAGGAAUAAAAUCUUGAUGAAGUCUCCAUGGGAAAUGCUAAAGUCACCUGUAGGAACUGGAGGUGUUAUUCAGUUGCUUUCAUCGCACAACAUUUCCAACACCCUCAGUGAAAUGGGUGUCAAAUAUAUCGAGGUUUGCAGCACUACCAAAAUGCUUGGCGGCUGGAAUCCUCUGUUGCUGGGACUGGUUGAUUUACAGGGAGCAGAUGUUGGUUUCCAGAUCUCCCAAGAUUUGAGCCAUGUAGAAGAGAGUUUCGACUUGAUCUUUUCUGUGGACUUCGUCAAGUCAUUGGCGAAACAGAUGGAUAAACUCCAUUUCGAGGCGAUCCUGACGGCAAAUUCGCACGUACAGCUGGUUGAGAAAGAGUGGGUAGAUAUUGUGCCGUCGUCUCCAAACUCGUAUGAACUCCAAUGUUCGAUUUACAGUUGCAUAAAUGCCUGUCCCCUGGACAAAGUCUGUAUCAUGGAAAUAGUAGAAUAGUUUCUCCGGAAAAAUUCCUGUUUCGGUUCGAAGGAAAUUUGGAAUACAUAGAAUAGCCACCUAAUUUCUAUGCUUUUUACUCGGUGAGCGUUUCAGAGUCUGGAAUGACUUUAGCUAACAUGGUUAUAGCCAUUUAUUAGUGGUGUGAACUGUGGACAUCGGAUCUUACGAGGAUUUUUGUACAACAUGUAAUAAGAAAAAGAAUUUACAUGGUGUAAGUUAAAACAGUUAUUAAUGGUCGGUAGGGGUGCAAAUGAGUCGAGUUGAGUCGAGUUACCCUAGGUUGAGUUUGGC